GCAGCAGUGGAGAACUGUGUUAAAUGUGUGACAGCAUGUCACUUGCCUAUGUUGGAAGCAGAGUUGCAAACCAGAGCUACAGAAAUGAUGAAAAUUAAACAGAGGCAUGGUGAGAAUGUGAAGGCCAUUUCCAAAGCUAUCAUAUACGGUUGGGCAAAACGGCAAACUGAUGCUCCCUCUCCACAAACUUUGUUGACCAUUGUAUCCAAAGCUGGAGUGCCUUUGCAAGAGUCACACACAAACAAAACAAUGAUUUCAAUUUUUCCACAACUUUCACCUUCAAACCCCUUUUCAGCUGCUAACAUGACUGAUCAAACCAUUUCACAACAAGCAAAGACUGACGAUGAAUUUCUCUUACUAGCCGCAGCUGUUGAGGGACAAAGACUACAGACUGAAGUAGAAAAUAGAGAAGAGCAGAUAGCAGCUAGAGAAAGGGAAAGAGACAGUCAGGCUGCUAGAGAAAGGGAAAGAGUUAAACAGGAAAAGAAAGAUAGAGCCGACGAAGAAAAAGCUAGGAAAGCUGCAGAAAAAGAAAAGAAAGCUAAUUUGUCAUUCAAACAGGUAAAAAGCCAGAAAAGAAAGGAAAAGAAAAGACAUUUAGCUGCCGUUGCUGAAGAAACAGAGAUAGACACUCAGGACAGCUCAGGAGAAAGUGAGGUAGAACUUGAGUUACAAGGAGCCAGAGGUAAGGGGGAGGAGUCUGACACAGAUCAUAGUGACGACACAGAACCUGCAGUCAGGCCAAAGAUGACACAGAGACGACCCCACACUGCAAGUAGCAAAACUCAGAGACGAGGUACAACUAGAAUGACACAUUCACAUCUGGAAAGACAUACAAGAUCGAAAACUAACAUUUUAGAGCCCCCUCUAAACAUUACAUCCACCUCAAUAAAUGCUCCAAAAAUCAUGGUUGGCAACACAGCUGUCUGCAAACCAUGGACUCCUGCUGAGAUAGUUGGAAUGACACAAAAUGCCCCCAAUCCGACCACAAACCCAGAUGAAUACUGGGGAUGGUUAAGAUAUGUAUGCUCUGUGUAUAACUGUCUGAUACCUGAUGUUGAACAAUUACUUGCUGGCUCAUACAGAACGGAGUCUGGCUUGUGGCUCCACCCUGAUGGUCGACCGGUUUGCCCUCGAGCUCUCCUUCAUGUACUGGCACGUGUGACGCAUGGUCCAGCGCAUGUUGGAAGAGGGGUGAUGAAUGAUGUUAUUCGCUCACAGUGGUUUGCUCCAGGCAUUACUCAAGUUUCACAAACACUUGUGGAUAGUUGUAUGAUAUGUCAACAGACCAGAAAAAAGAAUAGCACAGUGAAACAUGACCACUUAGAACCCCCAUCAGGUCCUUUUGUAAAUAUGCAAAUAGAUUUUGUACAUAUGCCAAGCUCACAAGGCUUCAAAUACUUGCUAGUCAUAACCGACAGGUUCUCGAAGUGGGUAGAAGCUUUUGCAACGAAAAAAGAAGAUGCAAGAACAGUUGUAAAGUGUCUGCUAAAAGAGGUAAUCCCUAGGUACGGAGUGCCGCAGGGAAUAGAUAGCGACAGAGGUCCAGCUUUUGUGUCAAAAAUCACUCAGGGACUGUCAGAAAUCUUAGGAUUUAAGUGGCAGUUACAUGUUCCUUAUCAUCCACAGAGUUCAGGUCAAGUUGAGAGAAUGAAUGCAACUAUCAAAGACAGAUUGACCAAAACAGUCCUAGCCACAGGCCUGAAAUGGCCUGAUGCACUGCCGAUUGUGCUGUACUCCAUUCGGAGUGCACCAAGUGCAACUACAGGACUGAGUCCUCACGAGGUGCUGAUGGGAAGACCAAUGUCCACAGGGACAAGUCCCCCACUGACACCACACAAAGCUACUCUGCUUUGGACGGAUGAGUUCAUGACUGAGUAUGUGAAAAGACUAACAGAGAUUUUGAGAAAGUAUCAUUUACAGGUGGCUGACAGACUCCCCAAACCAUCGGAAGAACCAAUUCAUUCCUUUCGAGAAGGUGACCUGGUAUUAAUCAAAUCUCUGGAAAAAGUGUCUUUGUCUCCUAGGUGGAAAGGUCCAUACCAGGUGCUGCUGACUACUAGGACGGCCCUGAAGGUCGAAGGCAGAGCAGAAUGGAUCCACGCCACAAGGUGCAGACUGGCCCCCCCAACCACUGGCGGAGGAGAGCAGAGCCCUGGCAGGUAACCGGAUGGUUACUCCUUUUUUCUCUCCUGUUUAGUAGGUUCGGGCAGGGGACAGGUCAAGUCGGUCCAAAUGAGAGAGAGACAGGAGUCUCUCUGAUUCCAGGCGAAGGAGAGCGGAAAGGCUUUCCUUCUCAUGACACAGUCGGUGCCAUGAACCCAGUGCCCCAUGGACAGGGGCGCCCUUUGCAGAAUGAUCCAGAAAAUGCAGACCAAGAGCCAGAUCUUGGACAUACGGACAAAUCAAUAAGCCCAUUGGGACUCUACAACACUUUACUUUUUCUCGAGGUAGAUGGCGGUGGUCUACAUAUGAUAAAACACUGUUUGAGACGAAGCAGAGUUCAUCCACGUCGACGAAGAUCUUGGAGUGCAAAUUUCCAGGAGAAGGGGGGAGAACUGGUAAGCUGUAAGUUCAUGGAGAAUGAUGAUUACCCCUGGAGUGGUUACUUUGCAUCCACUAACACAAUUGCUCCAACUAAAUCUGAACCAAGGGUGCAAAACAAAUUACUGCGUAGCGCUCAGCAACCAGUAGUGCGAAAAGAAAAUUCAGCCCUUAGUCUUAUGCUUGAUUAUGCGCGUGAUCGUAAUCUCAGUAAGUGUUGGCUAUGUCAAAAUAUGCCAGCUUCAAUACAUUCUCCAAUGUCUAAUCCAAUUCCAUUCACCAAAGCUGAUUAUGAGACGUUCAAUUGGAAUGAUCUUGCUUCAAGAUUUAGAGAAGAAGCAGACGAUUGCUAUACUCCAACAUAUCCUGUGGAUGUUAAGUCAUCACAAAAUACAGAUAUUGCUCUAUACGUUGCAAGAACGGUAAAUGACAAAUAUCUGCCAAGCGGAUUUAAUUUCACCACUCUUCUCCGCAUCAUUCACAUACAAAGAUAUGUGAAACUAGGCUUUGAGUACAGAGUUCAGGUUGCUCUAGCUCAAACUAACUGUUCAAAACCUUCUGAAAAUCAAGUGUGUGUUCCCCAACCAUAUACAACCACUGCUAUGGCUAGAGCUCUAGUUUAUGUGCAACCAUGGGCUGGCACCUCAUCCAUAGGGCCAGUCAAGAUUCAGUUACGCAACUGUUCGGCGCCACAACAAAACGAGCAAAGACCUCAGCGUGACUGCUCAACUUAUCUUCCCCCUGUCUUCACUCAUGAGCUACAAAAUGUUUCUUUAUGUUUCAGAGGGAUAGGGAAGGGACAUGAAGACUUAGGACAAAGUAGCUGUAACACUGUGGUAGAUGUCACUCUUAAACAGUCCCCACUGCCUGAGAGAGUGUAUCUAGUUUGUGGUGACAGGGCCUAUCGGUGCGUGCCGUAUGAAGACUCACGCGGUGUCUGUUAUUUGGCGUACUUAAUUCCCCUAAUCAGAGAAGUAGAAUCUACUGAGAUAGCUUCACUGUAUCCACCGUUACACAUAUACAAGAGAGAAAUCUCAUCAACUCAGAAAGUAGCCAGCUUCCUUCUCCCUUGGUAUGGUGUGUAUGUGUCCCAGCAAGAGCUCUCAUCUCUCUCCAAAGUCCUAGAAAAUCAUCUUAAUGCCUCAAGCAGAGCUAUGUUAGCCGAACACAAAGAGUUGCAGGAAGUCAAAACAGUAGCUCUACAGAAUCGCAUGGCUCUUGAUCUCCUGUUAGCGGCUCAAGGAGGAACUUGUAAGCUCAUAGGCUCUGAAUGUUGUUCCUACAUCUCUGAUGCAACUGCUGACGUCAUGGACAUGGCACAUGACACAGCACUGGGUAUCAAAGAAUUGCAUGAUAGUCAUGGUUUUAACCUUGGUGAUUUUUCAGGUGUCUUUGGGUCAUGGGGGUCCGGAUUGGUCAGGUUCCUGACCACUCUUGCUGUUGCUGUCUUCCUUUUCAUCCUCCUCUGCUCAUGUGUAGGUUUGAUAAUCAAGCUGGUAGUGAAAAAGACGACAGGGUCUGUACUCCAAGCAGCCCAGGUGCAUGUCACUGGAAACACUGCAGAUCAUAAUCACACAGGUUUGAGGUAUUAUGAUUUUGAAACUUUCCAGGACUGGAUGAGGCGUUUUCACCCAGGUAUCAUUUCAGAUGAGGAGGAGGAAACUCAAAAUCUAGGAUCACUCCAGGAGGAUGGAUUCCACAUCACCAUGCAUCGUAUGUGCUAGUAACCUCUCCAUGGUGAUGGCCCUCUACUGUACGCAAAGUGCAUGGGUUGAAGACUUCACUUUGUGAUUGAUUUGUUUUAUUGUUAUGAUGUAAUCAAAUGUUUGUAUGACUCCCCUUUAAGUUGCUAGGAUUUCAUCUAGUAAGAGGCAGGAAGUGUCUUGUCUUAGGUUGUUUGCGCAUGUGACUGGUGACCUCUGUCAAUGACCUCCUUUAACGCUUUGGUGUUCUAGGAGAUCUUCUUUGAGGAUUUGCCUCACUACUGCCCCUGGUGGUUGGAAGACAGAACUCAUGGGUCACAUGACAGUUGUUUUAAAGGGGUACAUAAGAGGGGUUUUUUAUCUAAUUUACUGAUUGUUUGCUUUUAUUGUUAUUGCAUUAUGUGUUUAAAUGAUUAUGUGUUUUGAUGAUUUUACUUUUGAUUUUGUUCAAUGCAAUUGUUGAUUCUUGUAUUACUUUUGUGUGAGAAUUGUUAUCUGUUGUGCGGAUGUUGUUUCUACUCUGUUUGUGCCCUUACAGUCCACCAGUCCAGUCAUAAAUUGGUAAUUUGUAUUGAUCUUUUGAUCAAUAAGAGGGGAUUGUUAUGGAUAUUCCAUAACUGACCAGGACAACAGAAUGUCAAGCUGUACUCCUCUGUUCUCUCAAACAGAAGAUAACACAUGUUGUUUAAUAAAC